AUGGCGAGCUCACAACUCCUCGUCUUCUUCCUCCUCGUUGCCUGCUGCUCGCUUCAUUGCAGCCGAGCUGCAGCAACAACCAACAACCCGCCUCCGGCUCCGGCCCCACCCUUCUCCUUCAACUUCGACUUCUCCAACACGUACACCUACCGGCUGGAAGACCUGAGCUUCGCCGGCAACGCGGCGGUGCACGGCACCAUCGUCGACCUCACCUGCAACGUGCCCCAGUGCACCACCGGGCGCAUGUCGUACGGCCGCCCCGUCCCGCUGUGGGACAGGGCCACCAGCGAGGUGGCCAGCUUCGCCACCGAGUUCGCCUUCAAGAUCGUCACCCCCAACGACAAGGCCAGGGGGAACGGCAUGGCCUUCUUCCUCGCCGGCUACCCGUCCCGCGUGCCGCCCAACCCCAGCGGCCGGAACUUCGGCCUCAUCGACGGGGACGGAGACGACGCUGGCAGUGGCCCCGACCGGUUCAUCGCCGUCGAGUUCGACACCUACGACGACUCCUUCGAGCGGCCCAAGCCGAUCGGUGACCACAUCGGCAUCGACGUCAGCAGCGUCGCCAAUUCGAUCAACAGGACGAGCUUAAACUUCAGCAGGAGCGGGGCCAUGAAGGCGCUGAUCAAAUUCGAUAACACCACGAGGAUGCUGGUCGCCUCCGUCGAGUUCACCGAGGCGGCUGCUGGUUCGUCUCGCUCCGCCGCCGUGCAGGUGAGCGCCAAGCUGGGAGAUCCGAGGGCGCUGCUGCCGCCGGAGGUCGCCGUGGGGUUUUCUGCAGCCAAUGGGGCAACCUUCCAGCUCAAUCAGAUUCUGUCAUGGUCUUUCAACUCAACUCUUUCUGCUCCUCAUCCUCCAUUUAAAGGUCAUCACAAGAAGAAAGGGAUGGCAGCAAUGUCCCCGAUCAUUGGAGCUCUCAUAUUUGUACUGCUUCUCCUGUGGGUUAUCCUCUCAUGGUGGAAAUGGAGAAGCUCAAGCCGUGACAUCGCCACGAGAACCGGCGGAGUUAGGCAGUUCAAGUACACCGAGCUGGCUGCUGCAACCAACCAUUUCUCCUCCGAGAAUAGGCUCAUCGGCGCCGGUGCCUUCGGCGAAGUCUACAAGGGUUUCUUCAAGGAAUUGGGCCGUGAAGUUGCGGUGAAGAAGAUCUCGCCGGAGAGCAGAUCAGAAGCAGGAAGCAAGGACCUUUUUGCCGAGGUGAAGACCAUCAGUCGAGCCAAGCACAAGAAUCUCGUCGAACUCGUUGGCUGGUGCAUGAAUCGUAGAUGGAGUAUCGUUGAUUUCAUGUGUUGGUGCAGCCACAAUGCCCAAAAAAACAGUAUCGUGUUCCUGGUUUAUGAAUUUGUGGACAACGGUAACUUACGUGUGCACCUGCACGAGAAGGAGACAGUUCUACCGUGGACUAUGAGGUAUAAAAUAGUGAAGGACAUUUGCUCUGCGCUGGUUUACCUCCACCAUGAAAGACACCCAUUCGUCCUGCACAGAAACAUCAAACCAAACAACGUGCUCCUGGACAAGGAAUUCAACGCCAAGCUAGCAGACUUCGGGCUAUCAAGAACCACUACUGACAGUGCAGGCAAGGCUAGCUACUUGGAUCCAGAGUGCAGAAGGACCGGAAAGUUCAAACGCAGCUCGGACGUCUACAGUUUGGGGCUUCUUCUGCUAGAGAUCACCUGCAAGAAAGAUGAAAACAGCUACGCUAAAGUCUGGAACCGAUACAUGGAGAAUUCUCUGAUGCAGUUAGCUGACGACAGGCUGCAGGGUUUGUUCGACGAGAGGCAGAUGGAGCGUGUCAUCGUCUUGGGGCUCUGGUGCUGUCAGCUCAAUAUUAACGUACGGCCAACAGUGCAGCAAGCCAUGGAUUUUCUGGAGAAUGACGGGCCAUUGCCUGAACUUGCCAAGCAGGAGGCAUCCUCAAGUAAAAUUGGUAAUCAGGAGUAG